CUUGGCCGCUGAACAAGUGAACCGGUUAUCAAUAUUUCACACAAAACUAUGGCGUCAAAAAAGCUUGUUGUCGCCGGUGGAAAUGGGUUCCUAGGCUCAAGAAUAUGCAAAUCAGCAGUCGCAAGAGGCUGGUCUGUAACUUCGAUCAGUCGGUCUGGAGAACCACGAUGGGAUGUCGUCACAAGCUCCCCCCAACGUCCCGGGUGGGCAAAGUCGGUGGAAUGGGCUAAAGCAGAUAUCCUGAAGCCAAACACAUACAAGCCGUUUUUGAAAGACGCGAACGCGGUGGUACAUAGCAUGGGUAUCCUUCUUGAAGCUGACUACAAGGGAGUGGUCCAAGGGCGGGAACCGAUUAUUUCUGGCCUGCAGAAGGCUUUCAGUCCGUCAAAACGGGGAAGUCAGAAUCCCCUCCAGAGGCAAGAGGGCGAAGCACUUAAAGCGCAGGAAAAAGACGGCCAGUUUACAUAUGAGCUUAUGAACAGAGAUUCCGCUAUUACUUUAGCGCAAGAGUCUCUGAAUGAGCAUGCCUCAACGUUCCUCUACAUCUCUGCAUCCUCAGGCGCCCCGAUUCUUCCGAGUAGAUACAUAACAACCAAACGAGAAGCGGAAACAACGAUAGCCACUCAGCUUCCAGAGUUGCGGAGCAUCUUCGUCCGCCCUCCAUUCAUGUAUGAUUCGAGCAGGAAGCUCACCUUGCCGAUCGCCCUCGGCGGCUUCGUUGCAUCGCAACUCAAUGCGCUUGUGGGUAACAGACUAAAUUUCUUUGGCUCGAUGGUGGACAAGCCGUUCCAAGUGGACAUGGUAGGCGAGGCGGUGGUGGAAGCGCUGGAAGACCCGUCCGUAAGCGGGCCGGUCGGACCAAAGAAGAUCGAAGCCUUGGCCACUAAGGCGUGGAGAAAGAGUAUGCUAUAAAUGCCCCGCUGAGAUAUGAUGGCGUUUUUUUGCGGUAUUCUGCUGAAGAUGGGCGCGACAAGGCAAUGUCUACCGCCGGCUGAAUUAAUAGCUGCAGAUGGU